AUGGGUCGCAACGGGCUUUUUGACGAAGGACGUAGGUAAGGCAUCAAUCACAUUCAAGGCACCAUGACACCCCUUCGUUAACAGCCAUGGCUUCCCUCAAAGAAUCAUGGGAACUGCUAAGGGUACUGAGAGUUAAUAGAAUCGUAAGACUGUUGGAGUCAUCUAGUCCAAUCUCCUUGCAAUGCAGGGAUCUCAACAUCCCAUUUUGAAACCAAACCAGACCCUGCUUAGCUUGGCGAAUGGGCUGGCAGUUUUAUUGCUGUGCCAUUAGCAGAUCCCUUAUCCUGCUCCCAUCCCAGAGAUAUAAUUCCUGAAAUUUCCUGAGGAACAAGGGCAAAAUCUGGAUAUACCAGCAGCUGGGAAUCAUAUGUCUGGAGAGCACUGCACUCAUGUCCUGCUUGUGGGUUGUGGGUUCAAACCCCGUGUUGGUCAAAAGAUCCUGUUCCAACUCUAUAAUUCUUUGAUUCUAACCUCAGGCUUUUAUGUUCUUAAGGCAGGACCCAGCAGUUGUUGUUGUUUAGUUGUUUAGUCGUGUCCGACUCUUCGUGACCCCGUGGACCAGAGCACGCCAGGCACUCCUGUCUUCCACUGCCUCCCACAGUUUGGUCAAACUCAUGCUGGUAGCUUCGAGAACACUGUCCAACCAUCUCGUCCUCUGCCGUCCCCUUCUCCUUGUGCCCUCCAUCUUUCCCAACAUCAGGGUCUUUUCCAGGGAGUCUUCUCUUCUCAUGAGGUGGCCAAAGUAUUGGAGCCUCAGCUUCAGGAUCUGUCCUUCCAAUGAGCACUCAGGGCUGGUUUCCUUAAGAAUGGAUAGGUUUGAUCUUCUUGCAGUCCACGGGACUCUCAAGAGUCUCCUCCAGCACCAUAAUUCAAAAGCAUCAAUUCUUCAGUGAUCAGCCUUCUUUAUGGUCCAGCUCUCACUUCCAUACAUCACUACCGGGAAAUCCAUAGCUUUAACUAUACGGACCUUUGUUGGCAAGGUGAUAAGAUGGUGUCUAGGUUUGUCAUUGCUUUUCUCCCAGCUGUCAGCCACAACCAAAUCGAUGGAGCCUCCAUAUUUAGAGGCAGUUUACCCCCAAAUGACAGUUUUGGUGGUGAAAGGCUGCAGGUAAGUGGUCUUAAAGCUCGGGUCGUGGUUGGCCACUGUGUGACCAAGACGCUGGACCCUUUCAGUCUCACCCAGCAGGGAAAGCCCCCCACCCCAAUCUUGCAUUACUAAGUAAAUGAACCCACAGCCAACUAUGAGACUGCUCCAGACCAGCCAUUAACCCUUGCUAUUCAUUACAAGCGUAUCGCUUAAGCAUAAAUAUUCUCAGGGGGUGUGUGAUCUUACACAUUACAAAAGGCAGAGUCAUUUAAUAGCGACGCAUUUUUUAAAAAAGGCGUGACUUUCUCCCCCCCUAAAAAAAACCCUUUAAGAAAUGAAAAUAACACCCAAAUAGUUCUGUUAUCAGUCCAGCCUCGCCACACGCUGCCUGCCAUAAGAGAUUACUUGCUGCAAAGGAGGGGGAACGAGAGAGAACAAAGCAGCUGCAUCGCACGGAAUGAGACCCUUGGUCCCAUCUAGUCCAGUGGUGUCUGCACGGACUGGCAGCAGCUCUCCAGGGUGUUAAUCCGCAGGUGCUGGGGGGGUGAAACUGGGACAUUCUGCAUGCAGAGCGGGUGCUCCACCACUGAGCCACAGCCCUUCCCUUACUAAAGAGGGCUUCAAAAUAGCACUUUUCUGUUUCUUUAAGCGCAACCUCAUCUGGAAAAAAUAAUAGCAGGUGACAACUCGGCAAGACGGAGAGACUAUCAGGCAGCCGGCAGACCUCAGCUGCCUUUUAAGCCGAGGCAGGGGAAACACUGAUGACCCUCCCUAAAUGAUGCUGGAUCUCACCUCCCAUCACAAACACUCCGGGCUCUAACCAUUGCUCAUGCUGGCUUGCUGGGAGUUGAAAUCCAACUGCAUCUGCGAGGGCCAAAGAUUCCCUCCCUCGCAAUCGCGCAGGUUUAAAAGCGUGCAAAAACAAAGGGCGUUUUUUAUUUUUAAAAAAACAACCCCCCAAAAUACCUGACCGGUCAACCCUGGAUAGGCUUGUCCCCAUUUCACAGGAGGCAAACUGAGGCAGAUAACGGGAAAGGCGGGAGAUAAGCUACCGGUAAGCGCCUGUGAUGUGUGAUUUGGAAACCACGUUCUCAGGCAAGGAUGGCCGCAGACCUUGGGUUUUUUUUUUAAUUUUAAAAAAGUUAAUUGUAUGUAGGCCCCUCGGGGCGGAGUCCUGAGGUUGACCGCAUCCCCAACCCUCCACCCCCAACCCCGUAGUUGAUUUUAUUCUUUUCUUUCGCCCGGCGCAGAUCCCGCGCGCUUUGGGGAGGUCCCUGCGCCCUGCGCUCUCCUCGCCGGGCGGGCAGAUGGGCGGACUGCGCUCUGCCCACCUCCCUUUUCUGAAGAAGUGGGGAGAGAGACCCGGAGUCGCCAUGGGUGCUUGGAGUCGCCCUACGUGGCUGCUGUUCCUCCUCUUGGUUCUGCAGAGGGUGGCGGCUGCGCCUUCCCAGGUGAGGCAUCCACGCGGUUUUAGAUCGGGCGCACGUGGUGGCACCGCGCUCCAGGCGGUGGCGGGGGGAAUCAAUCGGGGGUUUAAGUUCCUUCCUUGGAGGUUUUUGAGCAGAGGUUGGAUGGCCACAUGUCAUGGGUGCUUUAGCUGAGAUUCCUGCAUUGCUGGGGGGCAGCGGCGUAGCGUGGGUUGUCAGCACCCGGGGCAAGGCAAGUAAUUUGCGCCCCCUAACCCCUAACCUGCCGCCGCUGCCAGCUUCUUCUUGCUGCUGCCUGGUCUGGUCUGGUGCGGUUCUCUCCCGCGCUCAGCGCUGCGCUGGGCGGCCGCUGCACUGUCCCUCCCCCAGAUAGUCCCUCGCUCUCUCUCGGCACCCACCCCCUCCACAGUGAGCGGCGACCCAGCGGCUCGGAUCGGAUUCACACAGCCAGCACUGCAGUGAGAGAGAGUGAGUGAGCCAGGUUGGGGCAGAGAGCUGCGAGUGCGAGCGCACCCCCCCCGAUGUUGUGCCCGGUGCGGCCGGGCCCCCGUGCACCCCCCACGCUACGCCACUGCUGGGCGGGGGAGUUGGGCUAGAUGACCGUUGGGGAUCCCUACAAUUCUAUGCUUCUAAGAAGGGGAAGAACCAUCGCACUGUGUUAGAGCACUACUCGGUGGGAGACUCCCUUUUCUGAGCAAUGAGGACUGGGAUCUUGCAUCACUUUUUAAGGGAAGGACACGCAGCGCGUGGUUAAACUGCGGAACUCGCUGCUGCAGGAGGCAGUGACAAAUGCAUGGAGGGGGGGCUAGCGAUGGCUCGUGGCUAUGCUCGAUGGCUAUGUUCUCCUUCCAUGGUCGGAAACAGUGAUGAUGAUGAUGAUUUAUGAUUAUUAUUUAUAGCCCACCCAUCUGGUUGUGUCUCGCCAGCCACCCAGGGCAGCCUCCAACAAAGUAUUAAAAUACAGUGGUACCUCGGGUUAAGUACUCAAUUCGUUCCGGAGGUCCGUUCUUAACCUGAAACUGUUCUUAACCUGAAGCACCACUUUAGCUAAUGGGGCUUCCUGCCGCCGCCGUGCCACUAGAGCACGAUUUCUGUUCUCAUCCUGAAGCAAAGUUCUUAACCUGAAGCGCUAUUUCUGGGUUAGUGGAGUCUGUAACCUGAAGCGUAUGUAACCUGAAGCGUAUGUCACCCAAAGUACCACUGUACAGUGGUCUGUUAAACAUUAAAAGCUUCCCUAAACAGGGCUGCGUUCAGAUGUCUUCUAAAAGUCGGAUGCUUCUGAAGACCAGUUGCUGGAAACCACAGAAUCAUAGAAUCAUAGAAUCAUAGAGUUGGAAGAGACCACAAGGGCCAUCGAGUCCACAGGAGGGCUCAUGUGCUUGAAUCCUGCUUUCCCUUCGGGGCAUAUGGCUGUGAGGACAGGAUGCUGGACUAAGAUGGGCCAUUGGCCUGAUCCUGACGCAGCGGGCUUGCCUCACGUUCUUUGCUCAGUGGUAGAGCACCUGCUUUGCAUGCAGAAGGUCCUAGGCUCCAUCUCCAGUUAGGGCUUGAAAUCUCCCCUGCCUGAGAUCCUGGACAGCUGCUGCCAGUCUGUGUUGGCAGCAAUGGGCUAGAUGGCCAGUGGCCCAACUCCCUCUAAAACCUACGCCCCUUCUCCUGACUUUAUUCCAAAAAAUCUUGCCCAGGUUUUUUUGGGCAGUGGGGAACUGAGAGAUGGGUGUCCUCUGGGCAAUCCCUUGGCCGGCAGGCAUCCAAAAAUGUAAGAAAGACCCUCUUGGGUCAGAUCAGGGGACUGCCGGUCCAGCGCUGGUGCCUCUGGGAAGCCAACAAAGUACAGUGGUUGUUGUUGUUUAGUCGUUUAGUCGUGUCCGACUCUUCGUGACCCCAUGGACCAGAGCACACCAGGCACUCCUGUCUUCCACUGCCUCCCGCAGUUUGGUCAAACUUAUGCUGGUAGCUUCGAGAACACUGUCCAACCAUCUUGUCCCCUGUCGUCCCCUUCUCCUUGGGCCCUCCAUCUUUCCCAACAUCAGGGUCUUUUCCAGGGAGUCUUCUCUUCUCGUGAGGUGGCCAAAGUAUUGGAGCCUCAGCUUCGCGAUACAGUACAGUGGUACCUCGGGUUAAGUACUUAAUUCAUUCCGGAGGUCCGUUCUUAACCUGAAACUGUUCUUAACCUGAAGCACCACUUUAGCUAAUGGGGCCUCCCGCUGCUGCCGCGCCGCCAGAGCACGAUUUCUGUUCUCAUCCUGAAGCAAAGUUCUUAACCUGAAGCACUAUUUCUGGGUUAGCGGAGUCUGUAACCUGAAGCGCAUGUAACCUGAAGCGUAUGUAACCCGAGGUACCACUGUAUCAGGGUGAGGAAUGAGCCUGCAGCUGUUUGGCAUUCAGAACGCCCCAGCUUUGAUCCCUGGUGUCUCUAGGUAGGGUGGCAAGAGAGCGAUGUUUGGAAAAACUCAAAAACUGCUGCUGGUGAAAAGGUGGGUGUGAGAUGCCUGUACCUUAAAAGCACAUUUCCUCCCCCCGCCCCCCAAGAAUUCUGAGCAUUGUAGUUUGGGAAGGUUUGCUGGGACCUGUCACUUUUUGAAGAGCGGAGUGGGGGUUUAAACUACAAUGCCCAGAAUCCUUUGAGGGUAAGAUCAUGCUUUGGAUGUGCUUAAAAGCCACUGGAGAUGGAAAUGCAUUGCCAUUCAAUGACCAACUAUAAUUCUGCGGAUCUAGGAUAGGAAACUUGACAAACUUAGACAGUAUCUUAAAAAGCAGAGACAUCACCUUGCCAACAAAGGUCCGUCUAGUUCAAGUUAUGGUUUUCCCAGUAGUGAUGUAUGGAAGUGAGAGCUGGACCAUCAAGAAGGCUGAUCGCCGAAGAAUGGAUGCUUUUGAAUUACGAUGCUGGAGGAGACUCUUGAGAGUCCCAUGGACUGCAAGAAGAUCAAACCUAUCCAUUCUUAAGGAAAUCAGCCCUGAGUGCUCACUGGAAGGACAGAUCCUGAAGCUGAGGCUCCAAUACUUUGGCCACCUCAUGAGAAGAGAAGAAUCCCUGGAAAAUACCCUGAUGCUGGGAAAGAUGGAGGGCACAAGGAGAAGGGGAAGACAGAGGACGAGAUGGUUGGACAGUGUUCUCAAAGCUACCAGCAUGAGUUUGACCAAACUGUGGGAGGCUGUGGAAGACAGGAGUGCCUGGCGUGCUCUGGUCCAUGGCGUCAUGAAGAGUCGGACACGACUAAACAACUAAACAACAACAGGAUAGGAAUGAGCAAAGAGGACCAGUGCUGUGGUUUCAUCAUCAUCAUCAUCAUCAUCAUCAUCAUCAUCAUCAUCAUUGAAGGCAGCUUUCCAUGUUGGGUAUGGGGAACAUUUUGCCCUCCUAUCAAACUACAGCUGCCAUCAUCCCCCACUGCUGAGUGUGCUUGCUAGGUCUGAUGGGAGUUGUGGUUUGGCAGCAUCCGAAGAGCCCUGUUUCCCCCACCCCAAUGUAAAACAAAAUAAGGGCUGCUCUUAUAUUGUGGAACAACCUUCUUAAAUACAGAGGGUCCUUCUUGGGCAGGGAGGUGCACUCUGAACAUGCCGUUUUGUUUCCGAGGCUCGUAGUUCCGAAUUAAUUUCUUUUGCUUAAUCAUCAUCAUAAUUUAUUCAUACCCCACCCAUCUGGCUGGGUUUCCCCAGAUACUCUGGGCGGCUUCCAACAAAAGAUUAAAAAUACAUUAAAACGUCAGUCAUUAAAAACUUCCCUAAACAGGGCUGCCUUCAGAUGUCUUCUAAACGUCAGAUAGUUGUUUAUUUCUUUGACAUCUGAUACGAGGGCGUUCCACAGGGCAGGUGCCACUACCGAGAAAGCCCUCUGCCUGGUCCCUGUAUCCUUACAUCUCACCAGAAGGCCCACAGCGCUGGACCUCAGCGUCCGGGCAGAACGAUGGGGGUGGAGACGCUCCUUCAGGUAUACUGGGCUGAGGCCGUUUAGGGCUUUCAAAGGUCAGCACCGACACUUUGAAUUGUGCUCAGAAACGUACUGGGAGCCAAUGUAGGUCUUUCAGGACUGGUGUUAUAUGGUCUCGGCGGCCGCUCCCAGUCACCAGUAUAGCUGCUGCAUUCUGGAUUAGUUGUAGUUUUUGGGUCACUUUCAAAGGUAGCCCCAUAUAGAGCGUGUUGCAGUAGUCCAAGCAGGAGAUAACCAGAGCAUUCACCACUCUGGCGAGACAGUCUGCAGGCAGGUAGGGUCUCAGCCUGCGUACCAGGUGGAGCUGGUAGACAGCUGCCCUGGACACAGAACUGAGCUGCGCCUCCAUGGACAGCUGUGAGUCCAAAAUGACUCCCAAGCUAAGCAUAUUCAGCUCUUUUGACCAGUCGGCAAGGAAAUCCAGGGUCAGGAGGGUUUGCACACAGCCCUGACAUGCACACAGCUUUGUCAUCAUGUAAGGGGUGCAACACAAGAUUAAUCACACUCAGUACAUCUCUGUUAAUCUAAUCUAAGAUAUCCACUUAACAGCAGAAUUGUGGUUUUUAAAAAUAUUCUCAGCCUUUCCAGCCUCAAUGUCUAAGCAGGAGUGGGUGGCGCAGAUUUGUGGCUCUCCAAACAUUGCUGACCAUUGAGAUGGCUGCUGGGAAGCAAGGCUCUCUGAUGUCUGGUCUACAGCAGGCUUCCUCAACCUUGGCCCUCCAGAUGUUUUUGGCCUACAACUCCCAUGAUCCCUAGCUAGCAGGACCAGUGGUCAAGGAUGAUGGGAAUUGUAGUCUCAAAACAUCUGGAGGGCCAAGUUUGAGGAAGCCUGGUGUACAGGUUGGACACCCUUGAUCGAAGAUAUCUGGCCUGGCUUGUUAAAGGCGCAAGAGCCCUAGAAGGAGAGAGAACAUGGCAACCCUUCCAAACAUGAUUGUACAGUGGUCCCUUAGGUUAAGUACUUAAUUCGUUCCGGAGGUCCGUUCUUAACCUGAAACUGUUCUUAACCUGAAGCACCACUUUAGCUAAUGGGGCCUCCCGCUGCUGCUGCGCCUCCGGUGUGUGAUUUCUGUUCUCAUCCUGAGGUAAAGUUCUUAACCCGAGGUAAUAUUUCUGGGUUAGCGGAGUCUGUAACCUGAAGCGUCUGUAACCUGAAGCAUCUGUAACCCGAGGUACCACUGUACUUGAAGCACUUGCGGAGGUGUGAAAUGUUAAGCUAGGCGAGAGUGCCCUGGAGCGUGUGCCGAGUGCCGCUUAGCAGUGAGCAACAGUACAUCUAGGGUUAAAGGUAAAGGGACCCCUGACCAUUAGGUCCAGUUGUGACCGACUCUGGGGUUGCGGCGCUCAUCUCGCUUUAUUGGCCGAGGAAGCCGGUGUACAGCUUCCGGGUCAUGUGGCCAGCAUGACUAAGCCGCUUCUGGAUGAACCAGAGCAGCGCACGGAAACACCGUUUACCUUCCCGCCGGAGAGGUACCUAUUUAUCUACUUGCACUUUGAGGUGCUUUCGAACUGCUAGGUUGGCAGGAGCAGGGACUGAGCAACGGGAGCUCACCCCGUCAUGGGGAUUCAAAUCGCCGACCUUCUGAUUGGCAAGUCCUAGGCUCUGUGGUUUAACCCACAGCGCCACCCGCGUCCCACAUCUAGGGUUAGGUCUGGGUAUUGCACAGAAAUAGAAGGCAGCUCCUUUUGCCGCCAUGCUAUGGUGCUUCUUUAAAAGAUAACGUAAGAUUCUAAUCCUCAUGGCUGUGAAUAUAGGGCUGAUUUAAAAGGAACAGAGGAAGUUGCCUAAUAGUGAGUCCAUCCAACUCAGUAUCAUCUACUCUGACUGGCAGCAGCGCUCCUGGGUUUCAGGAGGGAGGCAUUCCCAGGCCUACCCAGAGAUGCCAUCGGGGAUCGAACCUUCCGCAUGCAAGACAACUCCCAGGCCUGAUUCCUAGAGCCCAGAUAUGCAAUAUAUCAAGGAGAGGAAAGGCAUAAAGGAUCCCUUUCUGUGGAGGUCUCCAUUACAGGGCUACCUGUUUUCAGAUCAAAGGCUGUAGUCCUUUGUGGACAAAUCUUGCACAGGGGAGGGGGUUGGACUAGAUGACCUUUGGUGUACCUUCCAGCUCUACAAUUCUAUGAGUCUAUGAGCUGUUUGCCACCGGUAGGUGAGGCCAGGGCCAAAAGCAGGUGGAGCAACACCUUUUUACAAAGAGCCACACACAAAAGUCAGGCACACCUGUCCACACGCCAUCCAAUCAGCGAGGAGGAGAACCGCCGUGUGGCAUAGGGGUUAGAGCAUGGGCAGGCAAACUAAGGCCCGGGGGCCAGAUCCGGCCCAAUCGCCUUCUAAAUCCAGCCCACGGACGGUCCGGGAAUCAGCGUGUUUUUACAUGAGUAGAAUGUGUCCUUUUAUUUAAAAUGCAUCUCUGGGUUAUUUGUGGGACCUGCCUGGUGUUUUUACAUGAGUAAAAUGUGUGCUUUUAUUUAAAAUCAUCUUUGGGUUAUUUGUGGGGCAUAAGAAUUCAUUCAUUCCCCCCUCCAAAUAAUAAUCCGGCCCCCCACAAGGUCUGAGGGACAGUGGACCGGCCCCAUGCUGAAAAAGUUUGCUGAUGUAGGGGUUUUUCAACUAUCAUCUUUUGCUGACUCCUGGGUUAGAGUGUCAGGCUAGGCCCUGUGAGGGACCUGGGUUCGAAUCCCCACACAGCCAUGAAGCAUGCUGGGGUGACCUUUAGGGGCCUACCUCACAGGGUUGUGGUUGGGAUUCAAUGAUGCAGGGGAGAAAGAAACACAGACCCCGCCUUGAGCUCCUUUGGAGAAAAAUGUGGGGCACAAUGAAUAAGUAAAUAAAUAAGGCGGGACAUAAAUGUUGUUGGUGUUGUUACAGUUCAAGGAUUUACAGUGGUGCCUCGCAAGACGAAAUUAAUUCGUUCUGCGAGUUUUUUCAUCUUGCGAAUUUUUCGUCUUGCGAAGCACGGUUUCCCAUAGGGUAUUAACGCUUUUAAGAAAAAGGAAACAAACUUGCAAGACGUUUUCGUUUUUCGUCUUGCGAAGCAAGCCCAUAGGGAAAUUCGUCUUGCGAAGCGACUCAAAAAACUAAGAACUCUUUCGUCUUGCGCAUUUUUCGUCUUGCGAGGCAUUUGUCUUGCGAGGUACCACUGUAUUCCAGCAGAUGUUGUCCUGUUGAACCCUCCAAGUAAACUUUGGGCAAGCAAGAGGCAUAAUCACAAUUCAAGGACAUGGGGGAGCAUUCAUGGAGGGUGCCAUCUGUUGUAAAUAAAAAUAUGCCCUUUCCCCCCUUAUGGGGUAUCCAAGAGCCCAUAUAGAGUCCUUACAUAGGUUCCCUAUUGGUAGGAGAAAAUAACAGGCCAACCAGAGAAUAUUGAGAAGCAAAGCAGCUAGCAAGCUUGAUCUUUAUUGAUCUGUUGCAAAAGGGUGCUCCCCUCACACGCAGGAAAGGAGGAGGACCCACAAAAAUGCUGUGCAAGGGCUUAUAAACACUUUUGAAAUUCCCAUCCUGUAGAUCAAGACCACCCCCAGAAACAUUAUACAUACAUCACAGAAGGGGUGUAACCUAAGACCACCCCUCAGAUACAUCACACCUACAUCACAGAAAAGGCGGUCUAAACAGAAAUUUGAAUGUUGUUUUUCUCCUGUCCUUGUUUAUCUCCUGUCUGGCAGAUUACUUGAUUGGAUUGCCUGGGGAGCCUGGCCAAUCUUUUGUAAUGAUAAAUACUUAGUUCCUGGGCCAGGUCACAGGCUCACACCCUAUUCAAACACAGACAUACCCUUAAGACAGGAUUUGUGAAGGAAAAGACAAUGGGGAGGCGUUUCCAUUUUCCUUUGACCUUGCAGAGAAAACAUUUGGUCAGUUUGGGAAUCAAAAUGGUUCCAGGUUGGUCUUCCUGUGCUGAUCUAUGUACGUGCUUGGUUGGUACACUUAUGAACUAAGACCUCAAAAUUCCUAUCACAGCCCCAAGGUCACCCCAAUGAGCUUCAGGAUUGAAUGGCGGAUUUGAAGCUGGGUCUCUCCCACGUCCUAGCACGUUUGCACCCUAACCACUAUGCCACACUGCCUCUUGCGGUUUUGCUGCGGACAGAGCUGCAAGCAAGCGCUUUAAUGUGGCGGAGAACAGGCAGGUGUCCGUCCGCCUCCUGGCAUGUGUGCAUAACAGCAAAACCUCGCGUGUGCAGCUGUUGCUGUGGAUCUUGUGCAACCCAGCAGCUCUUUCUCCUGGGGGCAGGAAACCCGCCAUCUUUGGCUCCCUUACUGGCUAAGCCAGCCCGAAAAUGACUCAUUCACUAAUAUUUUUCUGAGGCCACUGAAACCCGAAGUCUGAUUCAGAAAAUUUCAGUUUGCAAGAGAUGAGUGGCGAGACCAGGAAACCGGCAGGGUGACAACAACUCCUGUCCUCAUUUGGGAAUUGACUUGGCCGGCAGGCAGAAAACUGCACCCCUCACUUUUCUGAAUCGGCUUUCCCCAGUCCCCACCCCAUGCACGCUCUUUGCAAAAACCACCCGACCACAUCUGAGAAAUUGUGCAGUAACCCUCCAGCUACCUUUGACACAGCAGUUUAGAGCUGAGAAAAGGCUGCUGUUCAAAUGGGAGAGCAUCUACAUCAUGGGUAGGCAAACUAAGGCCCGGGGGCCGGAUCCAGCCCAAUCACCUUUUAAAUCCGGCCCGCAGAUGGUCCGGGAAUCAGCGUGUUUUUACAUGAGUCGAAUGUGUCCUUUUAUUUAAAAUGCAUCUCUGGGUUAUUUGUGGGGCCUGCCUGGUAUUUUUACUUGGGUAGAAUGUGUGCUUUUAUUUAAAAUGCAUCUCUGGGUUAUUUGUGGGGCAUAGGAAUUCGUUCAUUUCCAACCAAAAAAAAAUAUAGUCAGGCCCCCCGCAAGGUCUGAGGGACCGUGGACCAGCCCCCUGCUGAAAAAGUUUGCUGACCUCUCAUCUACAUUGUGUGCAGAAGGCUCCAGGUUUCACCCCCCCCCCCAUGGCAGCAUCGCCAGGUAAGGCUGGGAACGACACUCCUGCCGGCCAGUGUAGGCCAAUGACCUGACUCAGGAUAAGGCAGCUUCCUGGAUUCUGAUUGUAAAGGUAAAGGGACCCCUUACCAUUAGGUCCAGUCAUGGCCGACUCUGGGGUUGCUGCGCUCAUCUCACUUUGUUGGCCGAGGGAGCCGGCGUACAGCUUCCGGGUCAUGUGGCCAGCAUGACUAAGCCACUUCUAGCCAACCAGAGCAGUGCACGGAAACGCCGUUUAUCUUCCCGCCGGAGCGGUACCUAUUUAUCUACUUGCACUUUGACGUGCUUUCGAACUGCUAGGUUGGCAGGAGCAGGGACCGAGCAACGGGAACUCACCCCAUUGCGAGGAUUCGAACCGCAACCUUCUGAUCGACAAGUCCUAGGCUCUGCGGUUUAACACACAGCGCUACCCACGUCCCUUCGCAUUCCGAUUGUUUGCUGUUGUUGUUGUUUAGUCGUUUAGUCGUGUCCGACUCUUUGUGACCCCAUGGACCAGAGCACGCCAGGCACUCCUAUCUUCCGCUGCCUCCUGCAGUUUGGUAGGCUCAAGCAGUAUGUGGACCGAGAACUCCCGGAAGUGCAAGCUGGAUUUAGAAGAGGCAGAGGAACCAGAGACCAAAUUGCAAACAUGCGCUGGAUUAUGGAGAAAGCUAGAGAGUUCCAGAAAGACAUCUACUUCUGCUUCAUUGACUAUGCAAAAGCCUUUGACUGUGUCGACCACAGCAAACUAUGGCAAGUUCUUAAAGAAAUGGGAGUGCCUGAUCACCUCCUUCCGAUUGUACCAGCCCUUUAUUUGCAACCAUGAGGACUAGAAUCUUGCUUGUCCUUUUGAGGAAAUGCCGCAGCGCGGUGGCAGAACACUUGCCUUGCACGCAGAUGGCCCCAGGUUCAACCUAACCCUGCCUGCAACCCUGGAGCGCUAGAGGUUGAAUAGCUCAGCUGGCUAGAGUGUGGUGGUGACAAUGGCAAGGUUGCAGGCAACAGCCAGCAAGUCGAGACCCUCGUUGAUUCAGCCCCAUUCUUCUCCAACCGCAGUGCCCUGCUCACAUGCGGCGACUCCAGAUAGCAGACAGCAUGAGGGAAUCUGGCUAUUUCGGGAGGAGACUGGACUGGAUUGGGUCCAUAAGUGGGAUGGGAUGUAGAGGUGAGCCCUCCCCUCCCCACCCCCUUGUUAUUGCCUGACCUAGAAUAGCGCUUUCUGGGAGAACUACAGAAAAGCACACACACCUCCAAGCUUACGAUAACAGAUGCAUUCUUCGUUUUGGUCCACCGACUAAACCUGCAAAUCCUUCCCAUCGAUGCCCAGAACAGGGACUUGUACAGAGUUGCGACAGGCAACUCCCUCUUUAGUGAGAGCUGCCUGUUGCAACUCUCCACGAGUCCCCGUUCUUAGCAUCAAACGCUUCAGGGUGGACAUCCUGAUUCUUUGGAAUUACCGGAUGGUCUGGUGUUUAGCCAGAAUCCUCUUCCCAGCUGCUUCCUCCCACUGAUCAAUCUAGGAACAGUAAUGGAUCUUCCAAGUUCUCUUGCUUGGCUCACAUAUCUCUAAUUAAAAAGGCAAGGAGUAAAUCUUACUGGGGUCUAUAAAGCUGGUAAAAUAACAGCUAUAUAGUCCUGCAUUGCAGGGGGUCAGACUAGAAGAUCCUCAGGGUCCCUUCCAACUCUAUAUUUUGUACAUUCAAACAGUCUGCAUCUGAUUUUAGGCAGUGGUUUCCCCAAAACGGCCCAGAUGGAAACCCCUCGGACUUCCCACCUCUGCCUUAACAGGAAACAUCAAGGAACAAGUGGGUGGGUUUUGCUCAAAUAUUUUUUUUGCCACAAGCCGAUUAACAGGCAGGGCUAUUAAUAGAGCUAAUAACUAGCUGUGUGUUCAAAUGUAGAUCGUGCCUAAUUAAUGAAAACACUUGUUGACUGUAAACACCAGGUCAAAACUGAACCGAGGUAGCCUCAUUCGUAGCUCUUGAAAUGAGGAGGUAAAAAGAGCGCAGAAAAGUCCCGCAGAGCCACAGCAGACGGGAAGACCCGUGGCUUGGUGAGAGGCCACGAGCUCGGCAUGCGGAAGAUUUCCCGGUUUGAUCCCUGGCAUCUUUGCCGAAGGACCAAGAGCCCAAAUUUGGCCCGCCACCAACUGCCCCACUGCACCUUUGCCCUGGAGAUUUUACAAGCCUUGAUAUGUGCAGGGAUGGAUGGAGGAGGGAAAACUGGCGACUGCGAGUGGCUGCCAAGACCAUAUGACACCCGUCCUGAAAGACCUGCAUUGGCUCCCAGUACGUUUCCGAACACAAUUCAAAGUGUUGGUGCUGACCUGGAAAGCCCUAAAGGCCUCGGCCCAGUAUACCUGAAGGAACGUCUCCACCCCCAUCGUUCUGCCCGGACACUGAGGUCCAGCUCUGAGGGCCUUCUGGCGGUUCUCUUCCUGAGAGAAGUGAGGUUACAGGGAACCAGGCAGAGGGCCUUCUCGGUGGUGGCGCCCGCCCUGUGAUAAACCCUCCCGUCAGAUGUCAAGGAAAUAAACAACUACCUGACUUUUAGAAGCCAUCGGAUGACAAUCCUGUUUAGGGAAGUUUUUAAUGUUUGAUGUUUUAUCAUGCUUUUAAUAUUCUGUUGGGAGCCGCCCAGAGUGGCUGGGAAAACCAAGCCAGAUGGACGGGGUAUAAGUAAUAAAUUACAGUGGUACCUCAGGUUACAGACGCUUCAGGUUACAGACUCCGCUAACCCAGAAAUAGUACCUCGGGUUAAUAACUUUGCUUCCGGAUGAGAACAGAAAUUGUGCUCCGGCGGCGCGGCAGCAGCGGGAGGCCCCAUUAGCUGAAGUGGUGCUUCAGGUUAAGAACCGUUUCAAGUUAAGAACAGACCUCCAGAAUGAAUUAAGUACUUAACCCGAAGUACCACGGUAUUAUUAUAAAACGACGAAUGUCUUGCCACAGCCACCGUUGUCAUGCGGCCCCUGGGAGCCUUCUCUGGAGGGAACAUGGCCCUGGGGCAGAAGAGGGUUUCUCUCAAACAUCAAAGCCAUGCAGAAAACACCACCUGAUGGCAGGAAGAGCUGUCGGAUUUGACAACCAAAUCUCCGCAGGGUGGACGAGCACCCUGACCUGGAAUUCCAGCUGUUGGUAGUUGCAAACGGGAGAGCACAACGGUCCUCAAGUCCUGCUUGCUGUUUUCCUAGUGGCAAACCAGAUGCCUGUGGAAAACCCGCAAGCAGGAUCUGAGCACAAGAGCAAUUCUCCUUUUCUAUGGUUUCCAGCAACUGGUCUUCAGAAGCAUUGCUGCCUCCUGUGAUAGGAAUUUUGAGGUCUUGUUGUUGUUUAGUCGUUUAGUCCUGUCCGACUCUUCGUGACCCCAUGGACCAGAGCACGCCAGGCACUCCUGUCUUCCACUGCCUCCCGCAGUUUGGUCAAACUCAUGCUGGUAGCUUCAAAGACACUAUCCAGUCCAGAGUCCCAUGGACUGCAAGAAGAUCAAACCUCUCCAUUCUUAAGGAAAUCAGCCCUGAGUGCUCACUGGAAGGACAGAUCGUGAAGCUGAGGCUCCAAUACUUUGGCCACCUCAUGAGAAGAGAAGACUCCCUGGAAAAGACCCUGACGUUGGGAAAGAUGGAGGGCACAAGGAGAAGGGGACGACAGAGGACAAGAUGGUUGGACAAUGUUCUCGAAGGUACCAACAUGAGUUUGACCAAACUGCGGGAGGCCGUGGAAGACAGGAGUGCCUGGUGUACUCUGGUCCAUGGGGUCACGAAGAGUCGGACACGACUAAACGACUAAACAACAACAACAAUUUAUAACAGUCCACAUUGGUGGCAGGGAUCUCCUCCAUAUCAUAUCACCUCUUUCUUGUCCUUUCUCUAAACCAGGGUUUCCCAAACUUGGGUCUCCGACUGUUUUUGGACUACAAUUCCCAUCUUCCCUGACCACCGGUUCUGUUAGCUAGGGACGAUGGGAGUUGUAGUCCAAAAACAGCUGGAGACCCAAGCUGAGGAAACAAACUGCUCUGAACUAAAAAGGCCCGAGCGCUGCAAGUUUUCUUCAUAGGGGAAUUGAUCCAUCCUUCCUCGAUAACUUCAAUCCUUUUCCAACUCAGCAAUAUCCCUUUUGAGGCGAGGCAGCCAGACAAUUUAGUUGGCGCCUUUCAUAGAAUCAUAGAAUCAUAGAGUUGGAAGAGACCACAAGGGCCAUCGAGUCCAACCCCCUGCCAAGCAGGAAACACCAUCAGAGCACUCCUGACAUAUGGUUGUCAAGCCUCUGCUUAAAGACCUCCAAAGAAGGAGACUCCACCACACUCCUUGGCAGCAAAUUCCACUGUCGAACAGCUCUUACUGUCAGGAAGUUCUUCCUAAUGUUUAGGUGGAAUCUUCUUUCUUGUAGUUUGGAUCCAUUGCUCCAUGUCCGCUUCUCUGGAGCAGCAGAAAACAACCUUUCUCCCUCCUCUAUGUGACAUCCUUUUAUAUAUUUGAACAUGGCUAUCAUAUCACCCCUUAACCUCCUCUUCUCCAGGCUAAACAUGCCCAGCUCCCUUAGCCGUUCCUCAUAAGGCAUCGUUUCCAGGCCUUUGACCAUUUUGGUUGCCCUCCUCUGGACACGUUCCAGUUUGUCAGUGUCCGUCUUGAACUGUGGUGCCCAGAACUGGACACAGUACUCCAGGUGAGGUCUGACCAGAGCAGAAUACAGACCUUUGCUUGACCCGAAGUGCUGUUGUCGGUCUGAUCUGGCAGCCAAACUCUUCUUUGGUUCUGAGGAACAGCUGAGAAGCAGAUAAACUUGCCCAAGUCUUCAAGACGCACACAUAUGUCUACAAUUGUGUCAUUAUUUUACAAUCUCUGCCAAACUGACCUCAAAAAUUUUUUUUUGAGGGAUUGAAAUGUCAUGUCUGUUGCUACCAACCCCUUUCAUCUCUUGAUAGUAUGUCUUGUUUCGACUCGAGUCUGAACUUCUCCAGUCAUCCAGAAAAAUCAAACUCAGCGUCUUUAAUUCAGAGACGAAUCUAGAGAAACGUCCUACCUUUUCUCUUACGCGUGAACCAGAAUCGGGGCUCUCUGAGGGCCUCAGAAGGAGACGAGAUGUCUCAGAAAUAAAUGCUUCGCGGAAUGUUAUGGUUUGAAGAAUCGGCGAACAGGAUUUGAAUUAUGAGCAGCAGAAAGAAUGAGAGACUAUUGUGUUGUUAGGAUGUAAAAUGAGGGGAGAAGACGGGACGCAGCAAAGAGGGGAUAAGAAAAGCAUCCUGGAAAACGGGGUGGGAAGUCAAUAAUAUAAAAGGAAUUUUAAAAAAAUAUGUAUUGGAAUUGUAUGCGGAAUAUCUUGAAGUUUAAUAAAAUAAUUUUGGACUAAAAAAGAAAUAGAUGCUUCACAGUGGCUGAAAUCCUACACUUGCUUCCCUGAGAGUAAAAGCUGCUGCACACUGCACGAGUUUGUGACUAAGGCUUUGUACGCCUUUCUGUUUACGCUGGUUCCAGAAUGUUCCUUUCGUUCCCUGCAAGGAAAGUUUGCAGAGUCUGAGGCUUUUUAGUUUAGAGAAAAGGCGAGUGACAUGAUAGAGUGGGGAACCUUUGGCCCGCAAGAUGUUGCUGAACUGCAAAUCCCAUCAGCGCUAGCAAACAAAGCUGAUGGUCAGGAAUGAGCACUGAGGGGAACAGGAUGCUGGACUAGAGGGGUCACUGCCUGGCCUGAUCCAGCAACCAGGCUUUUCUUAGGGGCUAAUGAAUUUGUCUAACCCUUUCUAAAGCAUGUGGGUUUUGCCAGAUCUUGUGGCAGGGAGUUCCAUCAGUUGUUUUGGGCCCCCCCCCUCAUUCUUUUUAAGGCCUCAAAUGGAAUCAAAAUAGAAACCACGACAAAACCACCAGUCAUCUCCCCCUCCUGAAACUGCACCUGAAACUAUUUCCCCUUUCUUUUGAGAAACAACACUCAAGUCCUGGCCAUUGAUCCUGAGCUUAUGUGAAGAGUUCCACCAUAUUUCAAUGUCUUGCGCAUUAGUUCAGAUGUAUUUAGAAACACAGACUCCGCCCUGCUCAACGCAGGAGAAACAUGCAGCCUCUCGGCUUUUAAUUAUGGCUUUUGUCUUUCUGCCUUUCUAGGGAUCGGGUCAUUUGCCUUGCUUGGGGCUGGUCAUCGGGUCGAACAAAGAACCCCUACGGUGCUGCUACCAAUGCCCCUCAGGUCAGUACCUCUGUGCACUGCAAGGACAACCUUACUGGAAUCCUAGAAUCAUAGAGAUGAAGGGGACCUGCAAAGGGCACAUUCCAGUCUGGCAAAAUCUAUUGGGGCAGGAAGCAGGAUCAAUGAGAGGGUGUGGCUUGGAUAGAAGAGGGUGUGGCCUGCGGAGAGUUCUGAGGGCCAGGGAGAGAAUCCUGGAGGGCCACGUAUGUCUCUCUGGCCCGAGGUCCUUAACCCUUUGCUGACUGGCUUUCUAUCCCCCUCCCAGCACCUGUUCCCAGGUGAGCUCCUUACACUGUAAAAGUGCAACAUUGGAAAUGAGUUUAAAUAUCAUUAUUCCUCCUUAUUUAUUCUCUCAGUUUUAUUUCAUAAAACUUACAUACCGCUUGGUUGUAGAGAACCUCAAGGUGGUUGACAAGAAGAGCAAAGCAGUAAGAUGAUUAGCAGAAGCAAUUAGAUUGCUGGGAGGGCGGAAUUAAAACCAGCAACGAAUUAAAAACACGCGUUCUAAACAUCUGGGCAUGCUCGUCUGAACAAGGAUGUUUUUAGCAGGUGCCGAGAAAAGCACAGCGAAGACGGCUGCCUGAUAUCAAGUGGCAGGGAGUUCCAAAGUGUGGCUUCUGCCACACUAAAAGAUGAAGUUCUUGCAAAUGUGGAAGAAACAGCAGUUGUAACAGGGCCAGAUCCGCAGAUCGAAGUGGUCGGGCGCGCAGAUGUGGGCAAGGAGAUUUUGCUGUGCUUUAGUUAUUGAACUCUCAGAAACCGACGUGAGCAGUCUUAGUUGUGGUUUCUUCAUAAAAACCAGAGAGAUGUGGUCUGUCACGCCAGAAGGGGGAGCUUCCCUCCCUCCGGAAAUAUGGUGCUUUUGGGGGGCUGUCUGAGGUGAGCUGGGUGACUCACCAAAGUUUGCAAACUCUGCGGCCUUGGAAGCCAAGCCCCAAAACUCCCCUCGAGGAACUUAAGAGAACUCUGUGGGUGGGGGGUGUUUUUACUGUCUUUCUAGAGGAAAUUUCUGACAUUUUCUCCUUCUGACGGUUCUUUUUUCAGUUGGGUAUGAACGGCACGCCGUCAGGGGCUGGCGUUAAAUAGAAGGGUGUUCCCCUUCCAGUCCUGGGUACUGAAAUAGAGAUGUAUAAUCCGCUCAGGACCCUUUUUAAGGCUUUGUUUUUCCUGCAGUUGGUCAGUUUCAGCCUGGGCUAUUCUACUGCAAGCAGCAGGUACAGGCUUUGCAGAACCUAACUCUCCCCCUAUAAGGCGGGGAAGGAGAUUCUUGAGUCAUGUCGGUGGAGGGAGGGAAUAAUAAUAAUAAUAAUUUAUUAUUUAUACCCUGCCCAUCUGGCUGAGUUUCCCCAGCCACUCUGAGCGGCUCCCAAUCAAGUAUUAAAAACAGUACAGCAUUAAAUAUUAAAAACUUCCCUAAACAGGGCUGCCUUCAGAUGUCGCUUAAAAAUAAGAUAGCUGCUUAUUUCCUUCACAUCUGAAGGGAGGGUGUUCCACAGGGCGGGCGCCACUACUGAGAAGGCCCUCUGUCUGGUUCCUUGUAACCUCACUUCUCACAAUGAGGGAACGGCCAGAAGGCCCUCGGCGCUGGACCUCAGUGUCCGGGCAGAAUGAUGGGGGUGGAGACGCUCCUUCAGGUAUACAGGACUGAGGGGGUUUAGGGCUUUAAAGGUCAACACCAACACUUUGAAUUGUGCUCGGAAACGUACUGGGAGCCAAUGCAGAUCUCUCAGGACCGGUGUUAUGUGGUCCCGGCGGCCGCUCCCAGUCACCAGUCUAGCUGCCGCAUUCUGGAUUAAUUUCAGUUUCCAGGUCACCUUCAAAGGUAGCCCCACAUAGAGUGCAUUGCAGCAGUCCAUGCAGGAGAUAACUAGAGCAUGCACCACUCUGGCGAGACAGUCCGCGGGCAGGUAGGGUCUCAGCCUGCGUACCAGAUGGAGCUGAUAAACAGCUGCCAUGGACACAGAAUUGAACUGCGCCUCCAUGGACAGUUGUGAGUCCAGAAUGACUCCCAGGCUGCGCACCUGGUCCUUCAGGGGCACAGUUACCCCAUUCAGGACCAGGGAGUCCUCCACACCCGCCCACCCCCUGUCCCCCCAAAACAGUACUUCUGUCUUGUCAGGAUUCAACCUCAGUCUGUUGGCCGUCAUCCAUCCUCCAACCGCCUCCAGGCACUCACACAGGACCUUCACUGGUUCUGAUUUAAAAGACAGGUAGAACUGGGUGUCAUCAACUCUUAAAGGAGCCCCCCCUCCAUGGGUUAAUAAAGUUCAGGAUCCUGCAUCUCACAGGAUCUACAAUUUUGAAACUUGCUGCAUGGGAAGCAAACUUUUAAUUAAAAACCUCUCCUUUUACAGUGGCACCUUGGGUUGCAAACACUUUGGGUUACAGACUCCACUAACCCGGAAGUAGUACCUCAGGUUAAGAACUUUACCUCAGGAUGAGAACAGAAAUCGCGCCCCGGCAGCGGGAGGCCCCAUUAGCUAAAGUGGUACCUCAGGUUAAGAACGGUUUCAGGUUAAGAACGGACCUCUGGAACGAAUUAAGUUUGUAACCUGAGGUACCACUGUAUUCUGAUCAAAAAUAUGUGCCAGCAGAGAUGUAUUUACCAGAGGCUUUAACAGGCAGCUGGCCUGUCUUACCGCAACAUCAUCCUCACAAGACAAUAAACCAAAUUUUAAAUGGGCAGAAAAGCCAUGUUUGGGGAAAACUAAAGAGUUCUCUCCAACCCUAUGAUCUUACAACAGUGGGAUCUGCAAGGUCCUGGGAUUGGGUUAAGAGCAGCCUCCUCUCCUGUUUUAUUUUAUUUUUAGGAUACACCCAGACUGUGACUUGCCCUGCGAAUCUCACGGACUGCAAAAAGAACCUGUGCCGAGCCGACCACUACCUGAACGACGCGCACGUCACGCCCCGUUGCGAGGCUUGUAAGCAGUGCCUGCCAGGUAUUUGCCCCCGGGCACCCGUUGCCCUUUGCAGCACACUGCCUUUUCGACUGGCGCCUGGGCUCGCCUCCUCCUGCACCAGCCCAGUUCCUCAAGUGUCAAAGUCCGUGGUAAAGACUUCAGCAUGGUAUAAGAAAAAUACUGCUCCCUUUCCCUUAUGGGGUACCUAAGAGCCCAUAUAAAGUCCUUAAGUAGGUUCUCUAUUGGUAGGAGAGAAAAAAAGAGGCCAACCAGAGAAUAUUGAGAAGCAAAGCAGCUAGUAAGCCUGAUCUUUAUUCAACUGUUGCAACAGGGUGCUGCCCCAACACGGGGCUCUUAGCGUAAGCUGUAGAUUGUAGUGACUGUAGAGUUGUAAUGACUGUAGAGUUGGAAGGCACCCUAAGGACCAUCUAGUCCAACCCCUCUGCAAUGGAGGAAUCUCAACUAAAGUAUCUCUGACAGAUGGCCAUCUUGUUGUUGUUGUUUAGUCGUUUAGUCGUGUCCGACUCUUCAUGACCCCAUGGGCCAGAGCACGCCAGGCACUCCUGUCUUCCACUGCCUCCCGCAGUUUGGUCAAACUCAUGCUGGUACCUUCGAGAACACUGUCCAGCCAUCUCGUCCUCUGUCGUCCCCUUCUCCUUGUGCCCUCCAUCUUUCCCAACAUCAGGGUCUUUUCCAGGGAGUCUUCUCUUCUCAUGAGGUGGCCAAAGUAUUGGAGCCUCAGCUUCAGGAUCUGUCCUUCCAGUGAGCACUCAGGGCUGAUUUCCUUAAGAAUGGAGAGGUUUGAUCUUCCUGCAGUCCAUGGGAUUCUCAAGAGUCUCCUCCAGCACCAUCUAACCUCUGUUUAAAAACCUCCAAGGAAGGAGAGUCCACAACCUCCAGAGAGGGACCGUUCCACAGUCGAACAGCUCUUACUGUCAGAUAGGUUGCUUUUUCUGAUGCCUAGAAAGUUUUUCCUGAGGUUAGACCGCCCUGAUCUAGAAUCUGGGUCCAAAUCGUCAUUCGGCCACAAAGUUCGCUGGGCAGGCCUCGUUCAGUCGCUACCUCUCAGCCUAACCUACCUUGCAGGGGCGUUGUGGACUAAAACAGCAUCUGUUUGGGUCUUCUCCAACAGACCGUCACCUAGUAGAAAAACGUCCUUGCACCAACCAUACCAACCGGGAGUGCCAAUGCCAGCCUGGAUGGUACUGUAAGGAGCCGUCGAAGGGCACCUGUAUUACCUGCGUCCCGCUGACCACUUGCAAGCCGGGCUCUGGGGUCAAGACCAAAGGUAGGUACUGUUGAGAGUGUAUUGUACUGUUGAGAGUGUAUUAACUUAUGGUCUCUGUGUGUGGUUUGGGAGCUGCACGGUCACGGUCCAGGGUUGUAAAGACUGUGGAGAGAAUAAUUGGGUGCACUCUUCCCACCUUGGAUCAAAUCUAUGCUUCCAGGUGUCAUAAGAAAGCUGCAGAGAUAGUGCAGGAUAAUACGCACCCCAGAAAUGAUCUCUUUCAGCUUCUGCCUUCUGGAAGAAGGUACAGGGUUAUAAAGACUAGGACUAGCUGCCGGAGAAACAGUUUCUAUUCAAAUGCAAUAUAAGGUAGUCUCUGUGGGAGUAUUUAAUUAUGGGGUAUCAGAGUUUUUAGGGGGUUAACAAGGCUGGGAUAGCUGGGAUAGCAGGCUUGUUGGUUUUUGAAUGUCUGGUGAAGAUUUUUUCAAUUUCGUUGUUCUCUAUAGGACAAUGACAAUAAAGAUUAUCAUAUCGUAAAGCAAUUGAGACCUUGUCAGGAUUUUGCUUUCGGGGGGAAACACGUUCUGCCAUUGGGCGGCAGGGGAGAUCCUGCCAUAUUUAUUCUCAUGUUAUGGGGGCAAUAACCCUCAUUAUGCAAUAAUAAAAAUUAGGGACGCAUUUCGACAAUCAGUGCCGAUCUCCUUUCAGCGAGAUCUGCUAUUUUCUAGGCAAGUUGCACAAAGGGAAACCAGAGGCAGAGCAUAGCCUUUGUGGCUAGUAGCCAUCAAUAGUUCUCUCCUCUAUGGGUAAAUGAUUUGGGGUGCUCCAAUAUCUGCUUUCAGUGUGACCUAAUUUGUGCUUUCCAUGAGUGUUACGUAACAGAGCCUGCUCACUAUUUCCUUGCAAUGUGUGUGUUCCAGUGUUCCUAAACAACAGCUGCUCCUUGGUGUCCUUCUUCAGAGUGACCUUAGUACAGUGGUACCUUGGGUUACAUACACUUCAGGUUACAUACGCUUCAGGUUACAGACUCCGCUAACCCAGAAAUAGUCCUUCAGGUUAAGAACUUUGCUUCAAGAUGAGAACAGAAAUUGUGCUUCAGCGGCACGGCAGCAGCAGGAGGCCCCAUUAGCUAAAGUGGUGCUUCAGGUUAAGUACAGUUUCAGGUUAAGAACGGACCUCCGGAACGAAUUAAGUACUUAACCUGAGGUACCACUGUGGUCGAUUCCCCAAGGUGACUUCCCGUCGGAUGACUCCAUGCCCUUUUCUCUCAUGGGAAUAGGGACAUCCUAUUCCAUCAUAAUAAUUUUACAGUGGUACCUUGGGUUACAUACACUUCAGGUUACAUACGCUUCAGGUUACAGACUCCGCUAACCCAGAAAUAGUACCUCGGGUUAAGAACUUUGCUUCAGGAUGAUAACGGGAAUUUUGUGGCGGCGGCAGCACGUCAGCAGCAGGAGGCUCCAUUAGCUAAAGUGGUGCUUCAGGUUAAGAACAGUUUCAGGUUAAGAACGGACCACCUGAACGAAUUAAGGACAUAACCAGAGGUACCACUGUACUAAUUUAUACCCCGCUCAUCUGACUGGGUUACCCCAGCCACUCUGGGCGGCUUCCAACAUACAGUGUUACCUCGGGUUAAGGAAGCUGGAGAGAGAGGCCCCGCUGCAGUAAUAGGAACAGGUCUUUGGCCUCCUGGGACCCCCAACCAUGGCACCUCUGGUGGUGCCUGUUUUAAAUUACAGUAAAAGGUAAAGGGACCCCUGACCAUUAGGUCCAGUCGUGGCAGUGGUUGCGGUACUCAUCUACUACUACUUAAAACAGCAAUAAAUUAAAAACAGAUUAAAGGACACGCCAGCCUUCUACAUGUCUGGGUAAAGGUAAAGGACCCCUGGCCAUUAGGUCCAGUCAUGGCCGACUCUGGGGUUGCGGCGCUCAUCUCGCUUUAUUGGCCGAGGGAGCCGGCGUACAGCUUCCGGGUCAUGUGGCCAGCACGACUAAGCCGCUUCUGGCAAACCAGAUCAGCGCAUGGAAACGCCGUUUACCUUCCCGCCGGAGUGGUACCUAUUUAUCUACUUGCACUUUGAGGUGCUUUGGAACUGCUAGGUUGGCAGGAGCAGGGACUGAGCAACAGGAGCUCACCCCGUCGUGGGGAUUCAAACUGCUGACCUUCUGAUUGGCAAGUCCUAGGCUCUGUGGUUUAACCCACAGCACCACCCGCAUCCCUGAAUUACAGUAGUCUUUUAUCAUUAUUUUCAUCAGGCACCCCUGACACAGAUACCAUCUGUGAAGAAUGCCCUUCAGGUACUUUCUCUGAUGAAGAUUCCAGCACCCAAAUCUGCAAGCCUCGCACCGAGUGAGUGAUAACUUCCUCUGCAGUUCUGUAUCUAGUAUGUACUUACAGAGCAGGCAUCCCCAAACUCAGCCCUCCAGCUGUUUUGGGACUACAACUCCCAUCAUCCCUAGCUAACACUGGUCAGGGAUGAUGGGAGUUGUAGUCCUAAAACAGCUGGAGGGCGAAGUUUGGGGGUGCCUGUUAUAGAGGGUCCUAUCCUGCGGAUAAAAACUAAAACCCAGUGGACUACCUUACAGGGUCGUUUGUAACACUUCUCUUGUUCUAUUGGUUUCUCUCUCUCUCUCUCUCUUUUUAAACAAUAAUAUUUACUGAGUUUCAUACAAAUAUAACACAUACUGUAAAACAAAUGAAACAAAAAUAAAAAAGAAAUAAAACAAAUAAAACGAGUAGCAACAAAAGAUAUAACAACAAACACAUAAACAAUACAAAUUAAUUAAUUAAUUAAACUUCCAACCUCAUAAACGUAUUGCUUGACUUCCUCUAGUCCCUCCUAUCUGAAUUUCCUUGUAACUGAAUCUAGCAGUUUUCCAAUAUCAUUAUUCAAAAACAAUAUUCCAAUUAUAGUCAAAUUUCUUAAUUUUUCUUAACAUUCUAAGUCUCAUUUAUUUAAUUAAACCCUAAUUUAAUCCUAGGCCUAUUUAGUACUUUCAGGUAACUUCUAAUUUUUAAUGUUACAAUAUUUAUUCAAAUAGUCUUUAAAUUUCUUCCUAUCUUCUUGAUAUUCCACUUCUUUCUGGUUGCGGAUUCUUCCAGUGAGGUCAGCUAGCUCCAUAAAGUCCAUCAUCUUCAUCUGCCAUUCUUCCACAGUUGGUAAUUCUUGUGUUUUCCACUUUUUGGCUGUUAAAAUUCGAGCAGCAGUUGUAGCAUACAAUAAUACCUUUACAUCUUUUUUGGGCAAUUCAAGACCUAAUAUUCCUUUUUUUAAAAUAAUAAUUUUUAUUAAUUUUAAUAUAUAAAUUAUAAUACAUACCACAAAACUUCACCACUUAUACAAUCUUUUUUUCUUUUUUUUUUGGACUUCCAUCAGCACCUCUGAUGAUCCACCGUUUUGACCACUUCUCGUUCAUUUCUUAAAUUCAUAUUGCCGUUAAUUAUCUUAACUAACCAUCCUCCCCUUUAUCCAUUUUUGCAAUAGUUCCAAUAAUUCACCUCACAAAACUUCUUGCAAACCUACAAAAGUAGUCUGAUUAUCACAGUUACUUUUCAAAUAGUCUGUAAAUUUACACCAGUCUUCUGUGAAUUUCUGGUCCCGCAGAUUUCGAAUCCUUCCUGUUAGUUUAUCUAAUUCUGCAUAGUCCAUUAAUUUCAUCCUCCAUUCUUCUUUCGUCGGUAACUCUUCCUGCUUCCAUUUUUGUGCCAAUAAUAUUCUUGCUGCCGUCAUUGCAUAUAAAAACCAUAGCUGUCAACCGUCCCUUAUUUGGCGGGAAAGUCCCUUAUCCCAGCACCAUGUCCCGCUGCUGUCACUUAUUGAUGAUGUCCCUUAAAUUUCCCGGGUUUCAAAGGAAGCAGCUCUUCUCCCUCCCUCCCUGCCGGCCAGGGAGGGGGGAGGCUCCAACUGUGUUGCUUGGCUGCGUUGCUCACCCAAUAAGGAGUCUAAGAACGACUGGGGGGUGGAGCUUGCAUGCCUUGUGCUGAUCAAAUCGGCCACGUUGCCUGUAGACUCGCCUUUGCUCAGCGCUUCCCAGCGGAGAGGUGACAGUGGUUUUCCUUGCUGCAUCCCCUUUGCCGGGUUGCUGUGCUGUGGGAACCAUCGCUUGAGGCUUCGUUUGGCUGCUGGCUGGGCUUUCUGCCUUUGGCUCGGAGGGGCUCAGAAGUUGAACAUACCUGUGCUUGGAAAAUCCCUUAUUUUUGCUGCUGAUCCCUUAUUUUUGAGGCUUCUGAUCCCUUAUUUUCAAAUCUAAGUUGACAGCUAUGAUCAAAACAGCUUACAAUCUUUCCUGUUUAUAUCACUUCCUACAAUGCCCAGUAAAAAUGCUUCUGGUUUCUUUAUAAAUGUAUAUUUCAACAUGUUUUUCAUCUCAUUAUAUAUCAUUUCCCAGAAGUCCUUCACCUUGGGACAGGCCCACCACAUGUGAUAAAAGGGUUUUUUUCCCUCUCCCUCCUUCUCAUCCACCCCCAGCUGUGCCAAGUUAAACAAGGUCCCUCUGGGCCAAGGGGCAAUCACGCAGGACGAACGCUGCCUGGACCACUCGCCUGGGCAGUCAACGCCUACAGUGGCCACAACUGCCAUUCACCUGGACCCCUCGCUGGCCAGCGUCCUCAGCACAACGGUCAGCGAAGGCAGAGAUGAAUUCACCCAGAUCUUGCCUGUGAAGAAACCAAACAGAGGUUUGCAAAUGGUGUUGGUUGGCAGGGAGGUACGGGGACAAAUCAAGAGUUAGGCCUCAUCUGCGCUGUACAUUUAAAGCUGUAUCGUACCUCUUUAAGCAGUCAUGGCGCCCUCCCAUCAGAUGUCAAAGAAAUAAACAACUACAGUGGUACCUUGGGUUACAUACGCUUCAGGUUACAUACGCUUCAGGUUACAGACUCCGCUAAACCAGAAAUAGUGCUUCAGGUUAAGAACUUUGCUUCAGGAUGAGAACAGAAAUUGUGCUCCGGUGGCGCAGCGGCAGCAGGAGGCGCCAUUAGCUAAAGUGGUGCUUCAGGUUAAGAACAGUUUCAGGUUAAGAACGGACCUCCGGAACGAAUUGAGUACUUAACCCGAGGUACCACUGUAUUGGACUUUUAGAAGACAUCUGAAAGCAGCCCUGUUUAGGGAAGCUUUUAAUAUUUGAUGAAUCAUUGUAUUUUAAUAUUCUGCUGGAAGCUGCCCAGAGUGGCUGGGGAAAACCCAGCCAGAUGGGUGGGGUAUAAAUAAUAAAUUAUUAUUAUUAUUAUUAUUAUUAUUAUUAUUAUUAUUAUUCUUCAUGGCUUCCACCCAAAUAAUCCUGGGAAAUCCCGUUUAAAGUGGUACAAUGCAGGUUUAAAAUUAAUGUGCCGAUGGGGUCUGCGUCUUCAAAGCGCUGUCCACUCUUUCCCGAAAGCAAACUGCAAAAAUGUCGGCUGCUUUUCUCUUUUCUGUGACUUUGUUUAGAACUGUGUUUUUGUGUUUCGAAAAGCUGAACUUCUGCACUGAGGAGAUCCAGUCGCUGGGUCAAGAAAAGCACUGCUAAAUAUUUUAAGGAAUUAAGUAUAAAUAAGUAUUAUAGUAUUAAUGGAAAAUAAGGUUAAAAUAUGUUAAGAUAAUUACAUGACAGAAAAUAGAGAAAGAUGGAAAGGAUUUGCUGAAACAAUUAAUAGAAAUGGAAUACAAAAAGGGAGGUGAGAGGAGGUCGAUGAAACAAGGGAAUGAAAGAGAGGAUAUUGAGAUGGUAUGAUGUGUGUUUUUUGAAUUGUUUUUGCUCUUGUUUUGUUUAAUGUGUUAAUGUUAAUGUUGCAUUCUGUAUUGUUUAUAUAUUGUAUUGUAUUGUUUUCUUUUUUGCUUCUCUUCUUCUUUUCUUUUUUUCUUUCUUUCUUUUCUUUCUUCUUUUUGUAAGGUUUAAAAGCAAUAAAUAUUAUUAUUUUUUUAAAAAAGCACUGCUCAGUCACCCUUCCCAUGAAGUACCAGGGCGAGUCACAGUGAUUUCAAAGACACAGUAUUUAAAAACAGUUGGCAAGAAAGAUCAGUGUGAUCUGAUCUGAUCCCCUGGUUCCCAGGGAAAACCCUAGCGCCUGCGUUCUGGACCAAGUAAAGUUUUAAUGACUGUCUCCCAGGGCAGCCCCACACCACAAUGUAUUACAGUAGUCUAGCCUUGAGGAGCCAAGGGGCUGGAACAGCCAACUGCAUCAGCUAAAAAUCCCCCAAAUCUAUAUCUAUAGAGUUAUCAAAGAGAAGAACAACUGCCAGACUUUUAGAAGACAUCUGAAGCCAGCUCUCUUUAGGGAAGCUUUUAAUGUUUAACAGACUGCUGUAUUUUAAUACUUUGUUGGAAGCUGCCCAGAGUGGCUGGGGAAGCCCAGCCAGAUGGGUGGGGUAUAAAUAAUAAAUUAUUAUUAUUAUUAUUAUUAUUGGUGCAGAAAUUAAUUCCUUCUGCUGCGCUUUCCAAAAUGAACUGAUCACAAGACGUUACUCAGUUCUACAGUGGUUGCUUCUUUAAACCACUUUCCACAUACAGUGGUACCUCGGGUUACAGACGCUUCAGACUCCGCUAACCCAGAAAUAUUACGGUACCUCAGGUUAAGAACUCUGCUUCAGGAUGAGAACAGAAAUCGUGCUCCGGUGGCGCGGCAGCAACGGGAGGCCCCAUUAGCUAAAGUGGUGCUACAAAUUAAGUUCUUAACCCGAGGUACCACUGUAUAUUUCUUCCUCACCCUUUCCUCUCAUCCCUUGCCCAUUCCUCUGUGUGUCUUUGGCUUUUCAGGGGAGACUGAUUUCGCCCUCUUGGUUGCUGUCCUCCUUUCCGUGUUGGUCCUGUUUGCCGGCUUGGUGAUGUUCUGGCGGAGGAGGUUUUGCAAGGCGUGGAUUGUCCCCCAUGCAGCGAAGAACGAGCUGACCUUCUUCCGCAGGAAAUCUAUGCUCAAUCUUCAAGGUGCUGGUUGUUAUAAGAGAGAGAUAUAUAUAUAAUAACAUAUCACAUUGUUAGCAACCCAGAAGUGCAGUGACAGGGUAUUAAAAGGUAAAAGUAAAGGGACUCCUGACCAUUAGGGCCAGUCGUGGUCGACUCUGGGGUUGCGGCGCUCAUCUCGCUUUAGUGGCCGAGGGAGCCAGCGUACAGCUUCCGGGUCAUGUGGCCAGCAUGACUAAGCCACUUCUGGCGAACCAGAGCAGCGCACGGAAACACCAUUUACCUUCCCGCUGGAGCGGUACCUAUUUAUCUACUUGCACUUUGAGGUGCUUUCGAACUGAUAGGUUGGCAGGAGCUGGGACCGAGCAACGGGAGCUUACCCCGUCGCGGGGAUUCGAACCGCCGACCUUCUGAUCGGCAUGUCCUAGGCUCUGUGGUUUAACCCACAGCGCCACCCACGUCCCUUGACAGGGUAUUACGUCAUACCAUAUACAAACCAAACACGCAGUAAAUAGGAAAUAAAGAACGCCAAACAUUCCAAUUUAUAACUGAGUCAUGAAGAGCAUCCAAGUCAGAAACAUAGGAAAUAAAAUCCCACCAGAUGUCAAAAAAGUGUUCUGGAUCCUUCAAACAUGCUCCCCCCCCCCAGAAACAUGCAGUUUGCGUGUAAUUUUUGCCACAAUGGCCAAAGUCCAUUAGUUCUUAUACCACACAGCUAAAAGAUUAAAUACAAUAAACUCUGCUUAUAGAGAUGGGAGACACAGAGGCAUACCAAAAAAUGAACGUGUUUGCAUUAGGGGAUGUCCUGAAGUAGAGGACCUUAUGCAUUAUAUCUUGCGCUGCCCCUUAUAUAAUGAAGCAAGAGAACAAUUUGUAGCACCUAUAAUGACAAAGUCUCCUGGCCAGAACCCCUCUGACAUGAUUUUAUAUCUCCUCUCAGACACAGAUAAGUAUGUGACCUGGCGUGCAGCACUCUUUGCAGCUGCCGCUAGGAAAAUUACAGCUAAUUAUAUAGCCAAGGUAGCCACCAACUGUAAAGGAGAUGAAUUUAUUUAACCCAAUCUACAUCAAGCUAUAUUCUAUCUUUAUCACCAAACUCCGAAUAUAAUUGCACAUUGUAUUAAUUAACUUUAUUUUUUAAUAUAUUAGUGGCCAUGUGAUAAUUUUAGCCUAUAAAUUUUAUUGUUUAAUGCUUUAACCUGCAUAUUAAGGUACUUUUAUAGCUCUGUUUAGAGUAGGUAAUGUCUUGAUAAUAUAAAUGUUUUAAGUUUUUUGUAUCAAUCCAGUAUAUUGUCUUUCAAUUGUUGAAUGAUUCUGUGUACAUCGCGGCAGCCUUUGGCUAUGUGCAAUAAAACUGACCGACUGACACAGCCAAAAGCAGAUUUAUUGAGGUUUUCCAUUGCUGGGCUUUUGAAAUCCCAGGGGAAGCUAACGUCCAUGUCAAAAGCUCUUUAGAGAGACAAGAGUUCAUGUUGCCUGCCCACAAAUUCAGUAAAUGACAGAAGAGCUCUGGUCAAGUUGGGCUCUUGUCAUGACUUCAUUGCAACAGUAGGUGGCACAGUUCCCUUUGUUUUGGGUACCAGGAUGCAACUUAUAAUAUUUUGAGUGCUUUCAGGUGCCCCCUGUCCUAGGAGCUCAGUGUAGCCCAUCAUGCAUUGCUUUGCGUGAAUAUCGGAGGAACAUAGGACGCCAUAGGUCCAUCUAGCUCAGUAUUGCCUGCACGGGCUGGCAGCUGCUCUCCAGGAUUUCUGGCAAGGACCAUCGCCGGCCCUACCUGGGGGUGCUGAGUCCGGAGGCUCUGUUUAAGCUCAGAGCCGUCGACAGACGUUCUCUAUGGGUUUUCCUAAUCCAUAUAUUUUAAUCUGUAGAGUUCAUAAAAAUUAUACUACUAAUUGAGACGUGUUUUUUUUAAAAAAAAACAGCAAUAAAUUAAAAACAGAUUAAAGGACACAUCAGCCUUCUACUUGUCUGGGUAAAGGUAAAGGGACCCCUGACCAUUAGGUGCAGUUGUGGCCGAUUCUGGGGUUGCGGUGCUCAUCUCGCUUUAUUGGCCGAGGGAGCCGGCGUACAGCUUCCGGGUCAUGUGGCCAGCAUGACUAAGCCGCUUCUGGCGAACCAGAGCAGCACACGGAAACGCCAUUUACCUUCCCACUGGAGCGGUACCUAUUUAUCUACUUGCACUUUGACGUGCUUUCAAACUGCUAGGUUGGCAGGAGCAAGGACCGAGCAACGGGAGCUCACCCUGUACGGGGAUUCGAACCGCCGACCUUCUGAUUGGCAAGCCCUAGGCUCUGUGGUUUAACCCACAGCGCCACCCGCGUCUGGGUAGGCUUGCCUAAACCAUAAUGUUUUUGGCCGGUGCCAAAAAGAUUACAGUGAUGGAUCCUACUUGAUGUCACUAAAAACAUCAUCUGCUAAAAACAUUUUGUUUUGGUGAAAGCCUAUAUCACGUAGAAUGCUGGCAGGUUUUUUAAUCUGCUUGCCACUGAUUUUAAUUAAUUUUGAAUAGUUUUUUUUAAGCUGCUUUUAACUGAUAAUUUCAUGCUUUUAUUCUUUUUGUAAACCACUGAUGGGAUUUUGCUUUUUUGUUGUUUUUUACAAUCAUGUACACAUUUCACGAAAUAUAAAUGCAUAUAAUUUUUAUGAAAUAAAUAAAAAACAAUCUCUCCUUCUUUAAAAAGAUUUUGAAAGUCUGAGGCCAUCAGUUAUCUUCUUUGGCAGAGACCUUUCCUAAUUAAAGAAUGACACGCUUUGUUUGUUUAGGGAGAGGGAAACCUUUUGGGAUUGCCGUCUCCAGAAAUUAAUGCAGAAUCAUGAAUGGCGAGAGAUUUAAUCCCUCCUCUCAUUUUCUCUCUUUUGCAGCCUCUAACCCGGCGAAGAUUUGCGAAGUAAGUAUGAUCCCUUGCCUUGCAACUCAGCAUAUUGAGGGGUUAAAUAAAGCUUUCUGUUUCCAGCAAUUGCUUUUUUAAAAAAUACUGUUCAGGAACCGCUGGAGCUAAGAAAAGAAGGGGAGGGCAAGAAAAAAUACCGUAGAAAGAGGAAUGUCAAGCGAAACUGAUGGACUAUGUGGAGAUGGCAAAAUUGACAGGAAAGAUCCGAAACCAAGAAGAUCAAGUAUUUGAAAAGGACUGGGAUAAAUUCUUACUUUGUUUAAAAGAUCACUGUAAAAAUUUAAAGUCACUGGCAGGAAUGUGAAGAUACUUGUACAGUCAUACCUCAGGUUACAGACGCUUCAGGUUGCACGAUUUUGGGUUGCACACCGCGCUGAACCCCAAAGUACUGGAACAAGUUACGUACAGGUUUCGGCGCUUGCGCAUGCGCAGAAGCUCUAAAUCGUGCUUUGUGCAUGCACAGGAGCACCGAAUCGCAACCCACGCAUGCGCAGACACGGCGCUGCGGGUUGCAGACGUGCUUCCUGCACGGAUCACGUUCGCAACCCGAGCGUCCACUGCAAUGUGAAAUUUUACUACAUUUUACUUGUGAUUUAUAUUGCGUGGCGAGUUCCCGCGCCACCAGGUGGAAAUAAUGACACAUGACACAAUUAUUAAGGUUAAUGGGCUAAAAAAGGCCACAACUUUACUGGUUACAGGUGAUGAGCGGUACAGUGGUACCUCGGUUUAAGAACUUAAUUCGUUCUGGAGGUCUGUUCUUAACUUGAAACUGUUCUUAACCUGAAGCACCAAUUUAGCUAAUGGGACUUCCCGCUGCCACCGUGUCGCCGGAGCUCGAUUUCUGUUCUCAUCCUGAAGCAAAGUUCUUAACCUGAGGUAAUAUUUCUGAGUUAGCGGAGUCUGUAACCUGAAGCGUCUGUAACCUGAAGUGUCUGUAACCCGAGACACCACUGUAGAUAAAUAGGUACCGCUCCGGCGGGAAGGUAAACGGCGUUUCCGUGCGCUGCUCUGGUUCACCAGAAGCGGCUUAGUCAUGCUGGCCACAUGACCCGGACGCUGUACGCCGGCUCCCUUGGCCAGUAAAGCGAGAUGAGCGCCGCAACCCCAGAGUCGUCCACGCCUGGACCUAAUGGUCAGGGGUCCCUUUACCUUUUAUGCAGCCUAAAUCUUGACGGUGGGGAAAGCCAGAGAGGGAGAACUGGGCAGUGAGAAUAGAUGGCUUGCCUUCUUGCACAGGAUAGACCCUUCACUCAUUGAUCUCCUGUUUUUCUGUCUUUGCAAGGAGAGGAUUGAUGGGCUGGACUCUGAAGAGCAUGGAGAGGGGGACCAGCUGAAUCCUGAACCCCUCGCAGAAGCCCCUGAUGGCGUCUCCGUCUUGGAAAUGGAAAACACUCCUGUCCUUGAUCCCGAAGGUUCUGAGCUGCUUCAGAUGGACGGAGGGGCAUUUGUGGAGUCCCCCCUGCACAACCACACGAGUAACCACAUCGGUGAGUCAGCUGUUGAGUUUGGUGGCCCUCACUGUCUCCUGCGGGAGUGAGUGCUCCGUUAUCGGUUGUAUAACACAGUGGUACCUAGGUUGUCGCACAGCUUGGCUCCUGAGCAAAUUGGUUCGUGAACACCGCAAACCCGGAAGCGUUCUGGUUUGCAAAUGUCAGGGAACUGCCAUCAGUGCCGGAGGGAGAGAGCAAAAGCCAGAGGGAUUCCAGAGAGCGUCCAGGGAUUCGGAGAAGCAGCCCAUCUUCUGGGGAAGAGAAUCAGCGUAGCAGCAGUGGAGAAGGGGGGCAGAUGGGGCAAGCGGCGAGGCGGUCCCAUGACUCCUUGCCUGGGACCAGCGGGGAGAGUAGGGGUCCUCCGUUGCCCACGCCCUCCUUGCGCAGAAGGCUUUCGUGCAGAGAGAGUAGGAGGAGACUAGGCGUCAAAGAGCUUCUUUGCUGGAAGAAGUUUAAGAAACGCCCACUGACGGAUUCUGCCAGCGAUUGAGUCAGCCACGGGUGAGUGGCUGUCCGGACAGAAAAGGUUCACUCAGGCAACCCAGCCAGGUGUUGGCACCCAGCCGGGGAGAUAAGCACUGGCUUACGCACGAGCAACCCCUAGAACCAUUACAGGAGCCGAACUGCCGACGUGGCUUCCACAGCUUCUGAGUGAGUGCAGAAAGCUCCUGCAGCCAAUCGGAAGCUGCACCUUGGUUUUCGAACUGUUCCGGGAGUCGACUCCCGGAACGCUUUAAGUUUGACAACCAAAGUAUUGGUGAAAUUGACAUACAAACUGCGAGACUAGACAACUGUGACUUUAAAGAAGAAUGGGAACUUUUUACAAUCUACUUAAAAAAACAACAAAAUGAAUUGGACUCCUUGGCAGGUUUUGAAUAAACAUACACAAAUUUAUUGAUUGUUAACAUAAUAGUCAGAUAAUUUAAGGAUUUUUACAAUUUUACAAUAUGCAGAGAAUAACAUGUGUUGAAAAAUCAGAGAGAGGAGCUGAGGGAAGUCUGGGGGGGGGAGGGAGGGUUUUUCUUAGAGAGGAGGGGAAAAUGGGGGGGAAUGAAGGUGAUAUGUUUUGAUAAUUUGUUGCGUUGAAAUUCUUAAUAAAAACUAUUUUUUAAAAAGUUCGACAACCAAGGUACCACUGCAUAUCCAUUUUUUGCAAAAAGAACAUUUUUUAAAAAAUGAAGUGAGGAACGUUUUGAGCCCCCAACUGUUUUCCCCACCUGAAGCUAUGCUUUAUGUGUGACUGAGGGAGGGGGAAAGUAACACUGUUUCCUGCUUCUCUCCCCCCAAACCCUAGAAAAAAUAUACAUCAUGAGAGCUGACACAGUGAUCGUGGGGUCCGUUUCGGAAGUGCCUUCCGGGAAGAUGUGCCUUGCCAAGGAGGAAGAUGGCGGCUCCGAGACCCAGGAGGACGUAGAGGGGAAGGAACUGGCCAUGCGCUAUCCGGAACAGGAAACGGAAUUCCACCCAGGAAGUGACAUCACAACUCCUGUGGAGGAAGAGUGGGAAUUCCACAAUUCCUGUGAAAAGACUUUGGCCAUCUAG